UUCGUCGUUUACUCUAUUAAUAGAAGCUACUUCCUGUUGUUAUUACGUAUGAAAGCUUAUCAUUUGUCUGUUGACAGACCGAAGAAUAAAACUGCAGGUUCAUUUCAUUAUUUCUCAGAUCAACUGAUAAACAGCGAAAAUAUCAUUGGUACAAACUGAAAUCCAAAAUGCCUAGUGACGAGACAAUUUUCGUGAAGUUGGGAGAAAUCCCUGUAAUAAAUGAUGGUUGGACCACAGCUGUCAAUUGCUACUCCAAAGUGAAGGAGUUUAACAACCUGACCAAGUUGACAUUGAAUGCGGCUGAGAGUGGUAUCAAGAAAGCAGUAGAAAUCACUAGCCCUGUAGUGACUAACUACAAAGCACAAAUUGACAGUGUCAACACAUAUGCCUGUGCCAGGUUAGAGGAUAUAGAAGCCAAGUAUCCUGUAAUCAAGCAACCAACUAAUGAGUUGAAAGAUGCAUGCUUGGACUAUGUCCAGCCAGUUGUUGGUAAAGUCAAGCCUGUGGUCACUUAUGCCCAAGGAGUUGUAAAUUCUGGAAAGAAAAAGGUAAACGAUAUUAAAACAUGUGGCAGUAAUUUAGUAACUGGGGCUCGUGACCUUGGUGUUGGUACUGUAACAAGAGCAGUGACCAUGACCUUACAGACCCCACCAGGCCGUUUCGUAACAAAAACAGUGGAUGGUGCCCUAUCAUGUGCUGAUGAUCUGAUGGACAGAUACAUUCCUGAACAAAGUGAGCCAGUUGCUAAAGAUGAUGAUAACAAUGAGAUUGAAGGAGCUAGGCCUGAACAAAUGACCCUCAUGGAGCCAAGCCCUGAAAGAGUGGCUGUGCAUUUCAAAACUGUCAGUACAAAGCUUAGAAGACGAAUGUUUCAAAAGGCUAUGAGGGACUUCCAAGGGGCAAAGCUAAGAACAAUGGAAGCUGUUGGGAAAUUGCACAAUACUGUGGACUUGAUUGAUUAUGCCAAGAAUAAUUUGAACUCCGCUAAGGACAAAGUGGAAGAUUUGUGGAAUAAAAUCAAUGAGACUUCAGAAGAAUCACAGGACAAACCAGAAACAUCUGGAACUUUCGAGCAGCGUAUUGUUUCCCUUGGACGUCUUUUGGCAACAAGAGUUAAAAAUGGAAUAUCAACAUUAGAAAAGGCGUCAGCCGAAGUUGGCCAGUUUAUCAGACAUCCAAUCAGCAAGACAGAAGAAUACAAGCAUUUCAUAUACAUGUUCAGCACAGAUAUUUCAAAUUUUAGUGUAAAUAAAGCAAAGGAAAGUUUGACCUAUAUUCAGAACAGAUUGGCUCAAAUGGCAGAUAAUGUGGAGUCUGCUGAAUGGCUGACAGUAGACAUUGAUAUGAGUGACAUUGAUUUACAAGAGGAUGAUUUAAACAUGUCAAGACUUUCGGAAGAUUCAAGUUCUGAUCAUGAGAGCAGAAAAAACAGAUUUGAGACUUCUGUUGAGCAGCCUGAGGCAGGGGAGACAACCUUGAAAUACAAUGAGGAAUCCCAUCCUGCAAAUGAAUCUAAAUAUGAAGAUGUCAAUUCAGGUCAGGAAAGUGAAGAGGAUGACGAAAAGAAAGAAGAUGUCAGUGACCACAGAGAGGAACAUGAAUAAACUGUUUGACUUUCAUUCAUCAAUUGUAAUUCUGAUUUUUUUUCGUAUUGAUAACUUGAUGUAAUAGAUAAAAGUAUUUUGUUGAACAAGUUGAUGUCAUAUUAGAGAACAAUUUUGAUUUGCUGAAUGUCACAUUAGAGAACAAUUUUAAUUUGCUAAAUGCUACAUUAGAGAACUAGGUUGAUUUGCUUAAUGUCACAUUAGAGAACAAGUUUGAUUUGUUGAAUGUCUUGUCAGGUGAUUUUUCAAACAAUUCCUUUUGCAUGUAGAUAAGUCCAUGAAAGCUCUAAUGGAUACAUUAGUUUGUGAACUUUAUGUACGGUAUUAGACAUAAGAAAAAUUGUUAUUUAAUUUAACAUUUAAAUUUGUGCAAAUGAGACUUUAAAAAAAUUACAUCUGAGCUGUUUAUAAAAUGUCUAAUUAAACAAAAGACAUUGAUAUGCAAUGA